CCUCUUGGGGUGCAAAGUGGGUCCCCUGGUGGAGGAAGGGGGCAUGCUCCAGGAUAAUCCAGCCCCAGAUGCCGCCUGAGGCUUCCCUCAGCUCCCCCUCCCUCCUUUCUCUCCCUCUCUUCCUCCCUCCCUUUCCCUUCCUCCCUCCCCCCCCCCAGGGCUGGCGUGCCAGGGGGUGGGACAUGCCAAUCACUGGCUGUGCCUCUCUCGCUGCCAGCACAGGGUGCAGCUCCCCCCGGGAGCCAGGUGUUUGGGUCCCAGGAGACGCUGCCGGCCCCCCGAAAAGCAGUGUGGCUGAGGAUCCUACAGACCCCUCUCCCGGCCCCAUGGUGAUGCCCCUCCUCUGAGGAAGCCCUGUCCCGCGACUUGAGGAAGGGGCCGCGCCCCCCAACGCCCCCCAGCUGGCCACCAUGAACACCUCGGCGCCCCCUGCCGUCAGCCCCAACAUUACAGUCCUGGCCCCGGGAAAGGGUCCCUGGCAAAUGGCCUUCAUCGGGAUCACCACGGGCCUCCUGUCCCUGGCCACGGUGACGGGCAACCUGCUGGUGCUCAUCUCCUUCAAGGUCAACACGGAGCUCAAGACGGUCAACAACUACUUCCUGCUGAGCCUGGCCUGCGCCGACCUCAUCAUCGGCACCUUCUCCAUGAACCUCUACACCACCUACCUGCUCAUGGGCCACUGGGCCCUCGGUACGUUAGCCUGCGACCUGUGGCUGGCCCUGGACUACGUGGCCAGCAACGCAUCCGUCAUGAACCUGCUGCUCAUCAGUUUUGACCGCUACUUCUCAGUAACCCGGCCCCUGAGCUACCGUGCCAAGCGCACCCCUCGCAGGGCAGCCCUCAUGAUUGGCCUGGCCUGGCUGGUAUCCUUCAUCCUCUGGGCUCCGGCCAUCCUCUUCUGGCAAUACCUAGUAGGGGAGCGGACGGUACUGGCUGGGCAGUGCUACAUCCAAUUCUUCUCCCAGCCCAUCAUCACCUUCGGCACAGCCAUGGCUGCCUUCUACCUCCCGGUCACAGUCAUGUGCACUCUCUACUGGCGCAUCUACCGGGAGACGGAAAACCGGGCGCGGGAGCUGGCGGCCCUGCAGGGCUCUGAGACGCCGGGCAAAGGGGGCGGCAGCAGCAGCAGCUCUGAGAGGUCGCAGCCCGGGGCCGAGGGCUCCUCAGAGACACCCCAGGGCCACUGCUGUCGCUGCUGCCGGGCCCCCCGGCUGCUGCAAGCCUACAGCUGGAAAGAGGAGGAAGAGGACGACGAAGGCUCCAUGGAGUCCCUCACAUCCUCGGAAGGUGAGGAGCCCGGCUCCGAAGUGGUGAUCAAGAUACCCAUGGUGGACCCCGAGACGCAGGCCCCCACCAAGCAGCCUCCCCGGAGCUCCCCAAACACGGUCAAGAGGCCGACCCGGAAGGGGCGAGACCGGGCCAGCAAGAGCCAGAAGCCCCGUGGCAAGGAGCUGGCCAAGCGCAAGACCUUCUCGCUGGUCAAGGAGAAGAAGGCGGCUCGGACCCUGAGCGCCAUCCUGCUGGCCUUCAUCCUCACCUGGACACCAUACAACAUCAUGGUGCUGGUGUCCACUUUCUGCAAGGACUGUGUCCCCGAGACGCUGUGGGAGCUGGGCUACUGGCUGUGCUAUGUUAACAGUACCAUCAACCCCAUGUGCUACGCGCUCUGCAACAAGGCCUUCAGGGACACCUUCCGCCUGCUGCUGCUCUGCCGCUGGGACAAGCGACGCUGGCGCAAGAUCCCCAAACGCCCGGGAUCUGUACACCGCACCCCCUCCCGCCAGUGCUGA